AUGGAGCCUGACCUGAACGCAGUGGUGACUUUGUCUGUCCAGGAGCCCAUUUCAAACGUGACUCUGAGGGCCAAUGCCAUUGAUCUAGUGGAAUUGAACGACACUGCUAUUUUCACCUGCUCCGUCUCCUCUGGCACUUCCCUCUCUUACCGCUGGCUGAAUGGCAGCUCAGAGGUCACAGCCAGUGACAGAGUUUGGCUUGGUGGUGGGAACAGCACUCUCACCAUAGUCAGUGUGACACGAUACGAUGAAGGGCCUUUCAGAUGUGAGGUCAAUAACGGAAUCAGCAACGGCACCAGCCAGCCCAUUGGCCUCAAUGUUAGAUAUGGCCCAAGUAACCUCACCAUGAUGGUACUUCCUGAGAUGACCAUAGGACAUACAGCCUACAAUACGGGCUCUGACAUCAUUCUGUCCUGCUCCGCUCAGUCCAAACCCGCUGUGUCCUACAAGUGGAUGUUUAAUGGGGCGUUCCUCAACGAGCAAAGCCCACAGCUCAGUCUGCAGAGCACCAGGGAGAACCAGACAGGAAGUUACUCCUGCUUAGCCCACAACAAUGUCACACUCCGAUUCGCCACCCUGACCACAAUGAUAAAGAUCGUGGAGCCGAUAUCAGCAGUUGCGUUGAACAGUGAUGGGAAGCCACCGAUACUGGGUCAGUCGCUCACUUUGCGGUGUGAGGUGACUGGACCUGUAGACUGCAUUCACUGGCUGAUGAACAGCCAGCUCAUCUCCCUAAACAGAACAUUCUUCUCUACGGACAACAAGACAAUGGUUAUCAACCCAAUCCAGUUUUCUGACAGUGGAGAAUAUCUCUGUGAGGCCUUUAAUGCUGCCAGCAACCUGACCAGCAUGACAUACAAGCUUGUGGUGAACUGUGAGUAUUACAAGAGCUAG